AUGAGUGAGUAUGUUGUGUGUGUGUGUGUGUGUGUGUGUGUGUGUGUGUGUGUGUGUAUAAUUAUAGUUUAUAGAACAGUAUGUAAUAUGCAGGGCUGUGGCUCGUGAUAAAGCCCUGCUGUCAUCUCUGUGUAUCACCCACAUCGUAAACUCGGUGGACGGCUGUCACCGGAUCAGCACUGGCCCAGGUUACUAUAGCGACCUGCCGGUGGAGUACUAUGGUGUGGGGCCUCCAGAUGAUCCAGAGUUUAACCUUCAACCUCACUUCAACCCCACCGCAGACUUCAUUAAUACCGCCCUGAAGCAAGAUGCACACACACACACACCCUGA